AGGUUAAAUGGGCACUGAGUCCAUAAUCUAGAAAUAUCUUUACCAUUUCAGUUUUUUUCCUGGUUCAAAGUUAUCGUUACAAUAAUAAUAAAAAAAUCAAACAGUUGUUUUGUUCCCGCACACGAAAAGAAGAAGAAGGAGCAAUGGAAAUGGUAGGAAACCUAUCUCUUCCAUUACUCCUCCCAAACCCACCACCCUCCGUCUCCGCCUCCGCCUCCACUUCCAAACCCUCCUCAAUAACCACUCUUGUCAUCAAUGACUUCAAUUCCACCUCACACUCCCGAACCCGUAUGUCCAUCGGAAAAUCCUCCCCCGACCCCAACUUCGACAAGCCAUGGUCCAACCACCACCUUUCUUCCUCAGGUCAGCAUAUUCUCAACACCUUACUCCACUCUCCCGCCGAUUCCAUUCAACUCGAUAAUAUCCUAGGUCCCCUUUUCACCCAACCACAUCCACAUCCCACUCUUUUAUCUCGUGAUAUUCUCGCCAUAAUCAAAGCCUUAGGGUUUGAAAAAAAAUCCGAACUCGCUCUCGCCGUUUUUGAUUGGGUUCGCAACCAGCAAGGCUGUGCUAAUCUUUUAACCGGUUCUGCAAUUGCUGUUAUAGUUAACAUUCUUGGAAAAGCCGGCCGGGUUUCAUCCGCGGCGUCUUUGCUUCGAACUCUUGAGAAUGAUGGGUUUGAGAUUGAUGUUUAUGCUUAUACUUGUUUGAUAACUGCUUAUGCUAGUAAGGGGAGGUACAGUGAUGCUGUUGCUGUGUUCAAUAAGAUGAAACGAGAUGAUUGUAGCCCUAAUCUCAUUACUUAUAAUUCCAUAUUGAGUGUUUAUGGAAAAAUGGGUAUGCCGUGGUCUCGUGUUAAGGCUCUUUUUGAUUCUAUGAAAAUGAAUGGAGUUGCUCCUGAUUUGUAUACUUACAAUACACUUAUCACUUGUUGUCGUCGGGGUUCUCUAUAUCAUGAAGCUGUUAAUGUGUUUGAUAAGAUUAAGAUGGCGGGGUUUGUUCCUGAUAGGGUUACUUAUAAUGCGUUGUUAGAUGUUUUUGCAAAGUCUAGACGCCCCGAGGAGGCUUUGCAGGUGCUUAAAGAUAUGGAAAGUAAUGGCUUCUCUGCAUCCAUUAUUACUUAUAACUCGUUGAUAUUUGCUUAUGUUAGAGGGGGUUUGUUAGAGGAAGCAUUGCGGCUUAAAAGUCAAAUGGUGGAGAAAGGGAUUAUGCCGGAUAUUUUUACCUACACCACACUUUUCUCAGGGUUUGAGAAGGCUGGGAAAGAUGAGUUUGCUUUUGAAGUCUAUAAAGAAAUGAAAGCUGCGGGAUGCAAGGUUAAUAUUUGCAUCUUUAAUGCUCUUAUCAAGAUGCAUGGUAAUCGUGGAAAGUUUGUGGAAAUGAUGAAGGUUUUUGAGGAUAUCAAGGAAUGUGGGUGCUCUCCUGAUAUUGUUACUUGGAACACACUUUUGGCUGUGUUUGGACAGAAUCAACUGGACUCUGAAGUAGCAGGAGUGUUUAAAGAGUUGAAGAGGUCGGGGUUUGUGCCUGAGAGGGACACCUUCAACACUUUAAUUAGUGCGUACAGUAGAUGUGGUUCAUUCGAUCAAGCAAUGGCUGUUUAUAAAAGCAUGCUGGAAGCUGGAGUGUCUCCUGAUCUCUCUACCUAUAAUGCUGUUCUAGCCGCCUUGGCUCGAGGUGGGUUUUGGGAACAAUCAGAGAAAAUUAUUGCUGAAAUGAAGGAUGGUGGGUGUAAACCUAAUGAGCUGACAUACUCUUCUCUGCUUAAUGCCUAUGCCAAUGGUAAGGAGAUUGAAAAGAUGAAAGCACUUGGUGAGGAGAUUUACGAUGGCUCUAUUGAACCACAUCCUGUUCUGUUGAAAACACUUGUUCUAGUAAGUAGCAAGAGUGAUCUCCUAAUGGAGACAGAACACGCUUUUUUAGAAUUAAGGAAAAGAGGAAUUACACCUGCCCUGACUACUCUGAAUGCAAUGAUUUCAAUAUAUGGGAGGAAGCAGGUGGUCUCCAAGGCCAAUGAGAUUUUGGGCUUCAUCUAUGCGAACGGUUUUACUCCAAGUUUGACUACAUACAAUAGCUUGAUGUAUAUGUACAUCCGUUCUGAAAAGUUCCAAAAAUCAGAAGAAAUCUUAAGGGAAAUUCUGAAGAAAGGUAUGAAACCAGAUAAAAUUUCAUAUAAUACUGUUAUUUACGCAUACUGCAAAAAUGGCAGGAUGAAGGAGGCUUUGAGGAUAUUUUCCGAAAUGAAAGAUUCGGCACUAGUUCCAAAUGUUGUAACUUACAACACAUUUGUUACAACUUAUGCCGCUGACUCAAUGUUUGUUGAGGCUAUUGAUGUUAUUCGAUACAUGAUCAAGCAGGGAUGUAGGCCAGACCAGAAUACGUAUAACUCCGUUGUUGAUUGGUAUUGCAAGCACAAUCGAAUAGACGAGGUAAACAGUUUUGUGAAAAACCUCGGUAAUAUUGACCCGCAGGUUUCCAAGGAGGAGAAAAGUAGGUUACUAGAGAGAAUGGCAAGGGAAUUGCCAUGAGUUGGUGAAUGACUUGCUUCAGUUUUUACCAGAAUUUAUAUAAUAUUUGAGUAUGGGGUUUGGUGGUUCACCUAAUGUAGUAGUGAAGGGCGGGGUGUCACUACUCCCUUUACUGCAGCUUAUUUGGAGAAAAAAGGUAACAGUAUGUCUGCUCGUCAAUGCUGGCUGGUCUGGUUGUACAUAAAGAAGGGAAAUUAAAAAACAGAAAGAGAAGGGGGAGGGGUUGGUGCUCAAUAUCAAUACCAUGUAUAUAAUAUAGCAAUGCUAUCUAGAAGAAAAACACUUGCAGCAAAGGCUGUUAUGAUUUGAAUUGUCAUGUAGUGUAAUGGUAACAUUUUAUAUGAAUUAUUAGGCUUUUGUUUUAGGAGCUUUAUUAAAGAUUAUUCCUGCAGGUAUAGUUGAUGUUUGAAUGAAUUUUACAUUUGUCAUUUAAAACUCAAAGAUCACAUUUUAUAUCAAGCACUGUUUUGUGGUUACUACUUCCUAGUUUUAUGUUGUCAAGCUCUGUUUUGUAGUUACUAAUUUCAUGUUUUUGUCUCUUGGAAAUUCACAAUUAAUGGAACUCCGUGAAACCAACCAUGGUUCCUGUUUAAUCAACUGAUUCAUCUAUCUUACUAAUAAGAAAACUACGCAAGUUUUAUUCGUCUAGUUUGAUUUGAGCGAUUUGGCAUAAAAGAAGCAAAAGUAGUAUUAAUGAGACAGAACAUGCUUUUGUGUUGAAUAAAGUCUAUCUUUGUAAUUAGUAAUGCAGCAUUAUGCCUCUGGAUGUUUGUUGUGCAUGCCUUGCUAAAGAAGAAUUUUUUCAAUGCUACUGUCUUUUUUUAUAGUUGCAAAAUCAUCUGUGAUAUGUUGGACACUUAUUUUUAGAAGAACAUGAACUUGAAGAUUUAUCCUUGAGUAUAGAAUAUACUUGAGUUUUCUCAGCAACUAGGCUUCACAGGUGGAUUAAAAUUUAUUUUCCUAAGAUGCUGAUAUCUGCCGCCGCCUCUUCUAUGUGAAUCCGUACCCCAAGAAUCCAAGAUGAUGACAACUUUGUAAUUUACUUUGCAUAUAUGCUUUGAAACAUUUGACGCACUUGGUUGUUUUGGCAGUUUAGCUGUAUUGUUUCUCAGGUCUAACUUUAAUAUUUAUUGAUGCCUUGGAUUUGCAUUCUCAAAAAACAAGGUGAUAUCUGGUGCUAGACACAUGAAAAGUCUCUUUGAAUAUCUCAAUGCAUCACUGUUUGGAAUACUACUUUGCGAACACUUUAUAUCAUCUUUUCUUAAGCACUUUUCUUUCUCCAUCUGUCCUGGUGUGUAGUAUCCUGUUUGUUUUUAAAAUUUUCUUUUGUUUUUCCUCAACUUUCGUUAACAUUCUGUUUUUUGCAUAUUUUGUAGAUAUAGAUGGCUUGUUUUGCAGAUGUAUCAAAGAUCUCGGAGUGACUGCAUAUUAUUGGUUUUUUGCAAAAAUCAAAUUCCUACUGUAUCAACAUAAAAAAAAUCAGUGGAGGUAAUAGAAGAAGUGCACUAUCUUUUACUGAAUUUUGUUUGAUCAAUGUUUGUUGUGCAAUCAUUAGAAAAUAAUAUAUUAUGUUUUUGUAGUUGAUCUUGCAGAUAAAACUAUGGACUUAUGUGUGCAUGUAAUAAUCUAUAUCUUUGAAAAUGGCUGAAAUCUUCUAGUUUUACAGUGCUCAUUAACUGAAUAUGCUUUCAACGCAUUUCCAAAUUUUAAAAUGGUGCAGGUUUGAGUAGAAUUGAACUCAUCCCUAAUGUUGAACUUCUCAACAGGAUAGAAAGAGAGUUUUUACUUAUAAUUCCAAUAUUUUCCACUGAAUAUAUCAAUUACAUUCCACUAAAGCCAUUGCUUUAGACCUCAAUCCUACUCCAAUAAACAAAUAUAUUAGUCAACACUAAUUUUAUGGUAUUUCCUCUAGUUUUACACCAAACAAAAUUUGUAUAUACUGGUUUCCUCAACUAAUUUGUCUCCACUAAUUUUAUGGCCUCACCAUUUUAAAAUUUCACAGAAAUUAUACAUUUAAGGCCCCUCCCAUGAAUUAUUACCAUUUACUUCAAUACCCAACAAAAAUUGAAAAAUUAGAACUCCUCGAUUCAAUUUGUUCAGUUUGAUACCUCACUUGGCUUUAGCUUUCAUCACUUAACUUUUUGUUAGUAAAGUACGUUUUUCUUGUCCUUUUAAAAAAGCAAAGUACAUCUUUCUGUUAUGGGUUGAUCUCUUGGUGCAGAAAUUAAGCAACACUUUAUUGUAAAAGUUUAUUAUGAUUUAACACUGUAUUUUCAUUUUGGAAUCAUUUUAUUCCUUUUUAUGAAAGAAAUUGGAACCAAUUAGUUAUAGAUAUGAUAUAUUAUUAUUGUUAUUUGAUGUUGGUGGUAGAUGGCAGGGCUGAAAGCACUACAUAUGUAACAUAGUAGUAGUGAUGUAUUUAUUUUCUGGUGAGAUGGAAGUCUAAUAUUACAUUAGUUUAAUCUGAGUGGGUGCAUAUAUAUGGCAAUAAGGAGCAUGGGAUUGUGAUUGUUGUCAAUCCACUCCUCCAAAGUAGCUAGCUAGUUUAACAGUAGCAUGGAUUAAUGAACAUGGUUUUUAAUUUCUGAAGAAACAGGUCUCAGAGAACGUUGCAGCGCCUUCAGGAACAUCUUCCAUUACCCAGUCAUGGCCAACAGGGAAGUAAAUUCCAGUCCUUGGGUGCGGAACCCAG